AAGUGCCAGCCUUGGCCGGAAAGCUCGGGUUGUCAUAGAAACGGAGCUGCGGCCUAGCUGCGAGCCAUGAGCCUGGGCCUCGCGUUCGGCCGCUUGGGGAAAACAGCUGCCGCGGUCCCCAGGCUGUUGGGAGCGGCGUCGGGCCGGGUGAUCUCUGCGGGGCGAAGGACCUCUGCGGGCCGCAGUUUCCUCAGUCGGAGCGGUGGCUGCCUGCACACGGCCCCGAGAGUGAGGGCCGGGAACGGCCUGGUUCAGGCUGCCGCCACCCACUACCAGCUGGUCUACACCUGCAAGGUGUGCCAGACAAGAUCUAUGAAGAGGAUCUCCAAACUUGCCUAUCAUAAUGGAGUUGUCAUCGUAAAGUGUCCUGGCUGUAGCAAUCACCACAUCAUAGCAGACAAUUUGGGAUGGUUUUCAGACCUUGAUGGAAAAAAGAAUAUUGAAGAAAUAUUGGCUGCAAGAGGUGAGAAGGUUCAACGUGUGGUUGGUGAAGACUUGCUAGAAAUUACCACAAGGGGAAUUGCCCACAACAAACCUGGAGAGUUAUCUGAGGAGAACAGUUCUAAAGAUGCCCAAGGCUCUGGAGAUCAACCUAAAUCCUAAUCCUGUCUCCAGCAUGGAAAGUCUAACUGAUGGAGAACAAUCAUGUUGGUAUGAGGGAGAUUCCACCUAAGGGAUAAAAUCAUAUAAAUAAAUUUAAAUAACUGCAGCUAAUUUAUAUCAGACGCAGCCCACCAACACCUCAGUGAAUCUUGGGAGAAAUUACUCCAUGCAAGCUAGAGAUAUGUUUUUCUAAAUAUUUCUUUUAUUAAAAGAGACCUGUUAGUGAAGCCAAUUGAGGGCAGAAUAUUGGGGAGUCGAUCUACCUGUUAACCAAUCUAGGAAAUUACUCAACAAGAGGCCAGUCCCAUUGUAAGAGAAAAGAACUGAACCAGAAUAGGACAGAGGGAAAUUAAUUUCAUCCAAUGGUGCAACUGUUUCUAAAACAAGGAAUUCCAAAGCCUCUUUCCUAACACCACGGGUUUAAAUAGUGGGCACACAGACACUAUCAGAUGCUGUGUUAUACUACAAACAAUGUAAGCCUUAAAACAAAGCACUACUGUGAAAUUGAGCUGACUGCAGAAACGGCUGAGUCUCUAAUGCUGACUGGGUUAUGUCGUACUCAACAGCAACAACAACUUGCAUUUAUAUAGCCUCUUCAAUAUAGUAAAACAUCCCUUGGUGCUUCACAGGAACAUUAUCGACCCUAAGGCACAUAAGAAUAUAUUAGGACAGUCAGCAAAAACCUGGUCAAAGGGUUAGGUUUUAAGAAGUGUCUUAGAGGAAGAAAGAGAGGUGGAGAGAUUUAAGGAAGGAAUUCUAGAACUAAGGGCCUUGGCAGCUAAAGGCACAGCCACCAAUGGUAGAAUGAUUAAAAUCAGCAACACGCAAAAGGGCAGAAUUGGAGGAACACAGAUAUCUUAUAGGAUUUUAGAGCCAGAGGUGGUUACAGAGGGAGGAAGGGGCGAGGACAUAGAUAUGACAUAAAUUUGAACACAAGGAUAAUGAAGGCCACAUCUGAACAUGGUUACCCUACUAGUUAUGAUCAAGGUGUAGAGUUAGAAUAAAACAGCACAUGAGAUACGCA